AAGGCGCCGCGACGCUAGUGACAGUGGCCCGCUGGAGAGGGAGACCAGGAGCUGCUGCGCGCCCGCCAAACGCGGGCGCAGGACCCAGGCGUCCGAGCCCGGGUUCCGGUGGGGCCCCCGCCCCCGGGGCCCCCGCCCCCCAGCCCUAGACCCUCUGGGCCGCCCCCGCGCGAGGGGGCCGGCCCUCGACGGCCGCGGGAAGGUGCCCGCCCGCCCCGUAUGGGCAUCGUGGAGCCGGGCUGCGGAGACAUGCUGACGGGCACCGAGCCGAUGCCGGCGAGCGACGAGGGCCAGGCGCAGGGCGCCGACCCGCAGAACCGCUACUUCUACCCGGAGCCAGGCGUGCAGGACGCCGCCGAGCGCCGCGCGGGCGCCAGCCUGGGGGCGCCCUACGCCGGGGGCGCCCUGGUGCCGGCCCCGCCGGGUCGCUUCCUCGGAGCCUACACCUACCCGCCCCGGCCGCAGGCCGCCGGCUUCCCCGGGCCCGGAGAGCCCUUCCCGCCGACGUCGGGUGCCGAGGGCUACCACCAGCCCGGGGACGGCUACCCGGCCCCGGACCCGCGCGCCGGGCUCUACCCGGGGCCGCGCGAGGACUAUGCGCUGCCGGCCGGGCUGGAGGUGUCCGGGAAGCUGAGAGUCGCGCUCAACAACCACCUGUUGUGGUCCAAGUUCAACCAGCACCAGACGGAGAUGAUCAUCACCAAGCAGGGACGACGGAUGUUUCCAUUCCUGUCAUUUACUGUGGCGGGGCUGGAGCCCACCAGCCAUUACCGGAUGUUCGUGGACGUGGUCUUGGUGGACCAGCACCACUGGCGGUAUCAGAGCGGCAAGUGGGUGCAGUGCGGAAAGGCGGAGGGCAGCAUGCCAGGAAACCGCACGUACGUCCACCCAGAUUCCCCCAACACUGGAGCCCACUGGAUGCGCCAGGAAGUGUCGUUCGGGAAACUGAAGCUCACAAACAACAAAGGGGCCUCCAACAAUGCGACUCAGAUGAUUGUACUCCAGUCCCUCCACAAGUACCAGCCCCGGCUGCACAUCGUGGAGGUGAACGACGGAGAGCCAGAGGUGGCCUGCAACGCUUCCAACACGCACACCUUUACUUUCCAAGAAACCCAGUUCAUUGCCGUGACGGCUUACCAGAAUGCCGAGAUUACUCAGCUAAAAAUUGAUAAUAACCCUUUUGCCAAAGGAUUCCGGGAGAACUUUGAAUCCAUGUAUGCAUCUGUUGACACCAGUGUCCCCUCUCCGCCUGGACCCAACUGUCAACUGCUCGGGGGAGACCACUACUCUCCGCUCCUACCCAACCAGUAUCCCGUUCCCAACCGUUUCUACCCUGACCUUCCCGGCCAAGCCAAGGAUGUGGUCCCCCAGCCGUACUGGCUGGGGGCCCCCCGGGACCACAGCUACGAGGCCGAGUUUCGCGCAGUCAGCAUGAAGCCCGCAUUCCUGCCCUCGGCUCCUGCGCCCACCAUGUCCUACUACAGAGGCCAGGAGGUCCUGGCGCCUGGAGCUGGCUGGCCCGUGCCCCCCCAGUACCCUCCCAAGAUGGGUCCAGCCAGCUGGUUCCGCCCCAUGCGGACUCUGCCCAUGGAACCCGGUCCCGGUGCUUCAGAGGCUCGGGGGCUGGAGGACCAGGGCUCCGCCUCGCUGUGGACUGAGAUCACCCCCAUCCGGCCGGAGUCUGGGGACUCAGGGCUGGGCGAAGGAGACUCUAAGAGGAGGCGUGUGUCCCCCUAUCCUUCCAGCGGCGACAGCUCCUCCCCUGCUGGGGCCCCUUCUCCCUUCGAUAAGGACACUGAAGGCCAGUUUUAUAACUAUUUUCCCAACUGAGCAGGUGACUCCGGGAAAAGGAACAGAAACAGUGUCGUUAGGUGAGAGGACGUCACCUAACGGAGACAACAGACAGACUGAGGACCGAGCAGUCCCCAGCUCCCUCCGACCCUUCUCCUUUUGUAGCUGACGGAGAAAGAGCGGGGCCCCAAAGGAUUCCUGGCUGCUUCUUGGCCCACGGUGAAACCCGAAAGGCGUGUUCCCGCCCUUGCCUGUGCCCUAACUACAGUCAUUUACCUGGUGCUGCUUCCGGCUGCGGGUCCGCAGCUGGAGAAGAGAAAACGGAACAAGAAGGUCUCGGACACAAAGGAGCGCCCUCUGUUCUGAGGGGCGGGUGCAGGAUUUGGGUGGGGAAUUGAAGGUUCAGUUCUCUUCCUCUGCAGAGGAACUUGCAGCAUUUCUGUUUGCAUGUGUGUGAAUCCCUGAUCUGAAAAUAAAGAGACACGAAUUUUAUAACCGUCAGCAGGCCGAGGUCAGGGGGAGGACCCAGGUGACUUUGGGCAGCUGGAGCUGCUCAGAGACAGCCAGGUCCAAGGGAGGGACUGGGGAUGAGGGGUGGCGCACAUCUGAGAAGCAAGGCCCUGGGGCAGCUUGGUGACGUGU